AUGACAAGCCAGCUAACAGAGAACCCAAAAACAAUUUAUGACUUCACUGUCAAGGAUGCUAAGGGAAAUGAUGUGGAUCUUAGUGUGUACAAGGGAAAGGUUCUACUGAUUAUCAAUGUUGCUUCAAAAUGUGGACUGACCAACUCAAAUUACACGGAGCUGAAUCAACUAUAUCAGCAAUAUAAAGAUCAAGGCUUGGAGGUAGUAGCAUUUCCAUGCAACCAGUUCGGUGAUGAGGAACCUGGAAGUAAUGAGGAGAUUGAAGAGUUUGUCUGCACUCGUUUCAAAUCAGAAUUUCCAAUAUUUGACAAGAUUGAAGUAAACGGCGAUAAUGCUGCUCCAUUGUACAAGUUCUUGAAGUUAGGCAAAUGGGGAUUCUUUGGAGAUGAUAUUCAAUGGAACUUUACCAAGUUUUUAGUUGACAGGGAUGGGAAAGUUUCUGAUCGCUAUUACCCAACAACUUCCCCCCUUAGCCUUGAGCGUGACAUAAAGAAGCUGUUAGGGGUCUCAUGA